AUGACUUUUGUUCCUGCACCCGGCUACCUUCCCAACUACAACCCGACAUUGCCCUUCAACAAGACCUUCCCAGGAGGCCUGAAAGUGGGGAUGGCCAUCUACAUCGAGGGUGUGCCCAACAAGGACACGAAGAGGUUUUUGGUGAACUUUGCUUUGGGACCUGAACCAGAAGCUGACAUCGCCUUUCACAUCAACCCUCACAUUGACAGUGGGGAUAAGGUUGUCUUCAACUCACGGCAGUCAGGCCAGUGGGGCAAAGAGCAGGUGAAAAACAGCUUGCCCUUCAAAGAGGGGGAGCGCUUCGAGCUGCUGGUGAUGGUCCUGCAGGAGCACUAUAAGGUGACAGUGAAUGGAAAUCCUUUCUAUGAGUUUGUGCACCGGAUGCCCCUCCAGGACGUCACCCACCUGCAUGUACAUGGGGACCUUACUCUUCAAUCCAUCAACUUUAUUGACUACAGUUCUGGCUCCAGCCAGGGUGCUGUAAGAAACAAAAUGGUUUCUGGUAAUCAGCUAUUCAUGGAGGCAUCCGCAGUCUUCAACCCGGUAAAACAGCCCCCAGGGGCUGUGUUAGGGGUGGUCCAGGGGCAGGCAGAAACUGAUGGAGGACAUGAAGGGGCCCCAUGUUCUCACCCACAGCCGGUGCCAUAUGUGGUGAAUCUUCAGGGGGACCUGACCCCAAACAGAACCUUCAUCAUCAAGGGAUUUAUAAAUCUCUCAGCCUACAGAUUUGCCAUUAACUUUAGUGUGAAAGCCACGGGGGACAUAGCUCUGCACAUCAACCCCCAUAUUCAAGAGGGUGUUGUGGUGCGAAACAGCUUCCUGAAUGGCAAAUGGGGACCUGAGGAGAAGAACAUCUCUUAUAAUCCUUUUGGUCCAGGAAAGUCCUUUGAUCUGUCAAUCUGCGUAGACUCCUAUGGCUUCCAUGUGUUUGCCAGUGGUCAGUACUGCUUUGACUUCCAACAUCGGAUGCAGAGCUUCCACAUGAUCAACUUGCUGGAGAUCACAGGGGAUGUCUACUUGUCCUACGUCCAGGUCUGA